UUAAUCCAAGCCAUGAAGUGCCCAAAACAGGACGGUGGGAGUGAAGGCACUGGGAAAUUCUGUCACAAAUGUGGCGCCAAAAGAAUAACAGAAGAAGAGAUUCUUCUGAGCAAACCGGCCGUGAUUAUAUGUUCGGGGACAGAUGAGGGUGGAAAGCCAUGUGGAUCACCUCUUAGAGCAGACCAAACGUUCUGCGAAAAUUGUGGAGCAAACGUUGUGGCAUUGGUUACACGCAGCAGUUGUGGAACAUGUGGAAGUGUCAUAACCACCGGAAGUACAUGCCUUAAAUGCAAAUCAAUUGUAAAUCAAGAUACAUUAGUACCUCAUGAGAGUUCACAAGAAGGUGAAAGGUCACCGAUUCCUUCUAAGCCAACACCAGAAAAGGAUUAUUCUAGGAAUUAUUCCCUUAAAGAUUACCCGGAUUCAUUCAUUAGUGAAAAUAAAGAUCCUAAACGGACUAUUGAAAACCAAUCUACAACUGAAGAUAAGCAAGUUUUACAUGAAAGUGUCAAUCAAGAACCACAAAAUAAUAUUGAAAACGUUCCGGGAUUCGCUGCUAAUAUUCAAUCCUUGGUCAUUGAAACAGGACGUAAUUUUACAAAUGAAACACAAGCCAAUGUAACAGAAACCCAUAAGCUGGAUAUGUUUAACAUAAAACCUUGUCUUGGUAAAAAUGGUAAACCUAUGACAGGUAUAGACAAAAAAAGUGACGAUGAUCCUGUAACAAAUUUUGUGGCGAAGGAAAUCCAAAGGACCAAUAUACAGCGUACACAUUUUCAUAGUGAUAUCGACACAUGUAUGGAUGAUACCACACACACGACGCAAAACUAUGGCAUCAACCCAGUUAGCAUUAUAUCUACAGAUAAGAUGGGUGUUUCGGAAACAUCUACAGACCCAGCUAAUUACAGAAAAGAUCUUCCUAAUGAAAUGCCAUGUUAUACCAGUAAUGACUGUAAUCAAGAUGCACCCAACGAUGAAAAAGUUAUGGUGGUUAGCAAUACCGAUGGUCUUGAUAAUGGAUCAAACAUAAACGAGAAAACCAACGAAGUACAUGAGCCAAUGUUGGAGUCGGACUAUGAGGCAGGAAGCAGAGUUGACUUCAUCGACGGAUCUGAAUCUGAUGACUGCGAAAACAAUGAAUAUCUAGCGCCGGAAGUAAACGCCCAAAAUGUCACCGCUCUACCACGCGCCACCAAAACGAAAAAUAAGGGGAACAGCAGUACAAAAGAACGAAACAGGAACAAACGAGAGAAGAAAAGAACAAAAAACGAUAAGCAGAGUGCUUUAGAUGAGAACCUGUCGAAGGUUUUUGGAUCCGUCAAUGAGGGUCAUUCUUCGAACGUGGAUACUGGUAAAAGUGAAGAAACAUUCACAUCCGAACGACCAAGUUUUUUUCCAUCACACAUUACAGUCAAAGCUAAUACCAAAGGAGACAAAGAUCCAAAGAAUUUAAAUGCUAUGUCAAGUGAUCAGAAGAUGGAAUCGAUGAAAAAUGAAAAUGAACGUCCGACUCAAAAAGGCAACUGCCAAUCCACUGCGCCGAAUGUAUCGACGACCACAACACCAAAACAAAAUACAACAAAACAAUCCUCCGACGUCUUGCAUGUGGUUUUCCAUGUGCGUAUACCCGAUGAUAUUCUAGAUACUUCUGACUUCGAUGUUGCAAUUGUAUUUGGAUCUGCAGAGUUGGGAGGAUGGAACAAUAUGACACAUACAAUGAGUAAAAUGAGUAAAAAGGGGUGUCAGGGGAAAUAUGUUGAAUGCAUACUGGAUAUAUACUUACAUAAGUACCUGCUCCAAAAAACAAUUCAAUAUAAAUACUGUUUCGCUAUCCGACAUAAAGAAGAUCCACAGAAGAACGAAUACGUGUGGGAACACUAUCGUGACCGUAACAAAGGACAUGGUCUAGAUCAGAAUAGAAAGUUCUUUAUAGAUAAGCACAUGCUACCCAUGGAUGAUUUGGCAUGGCAUCAGUACGAUGGUGUCGCUGUUCCAGUAGCAGACGAAGGGGUAUUUAAACGCAUAGGUAGAGCUUUCAAAAAUUCCUUUACCGGUGAAAAUACAAAAGCUGCAAUCGGGAUUUGUAAGGAGUUUUUCUGGGAUUUCCUGCCGCCGCUGUUUAAAGCACCAAUAAUCAAGGACGUAGACUUGCCAACUAUUGAAGACGAAAUUGAACAAGUAAAAAUGUUGAUGAAUGGACUGCGAAAGGUCUACGUUGUUGAUUACCAAUGCUGGCGCAGCGCUGUGGAUUUCAAAGACGAAACUAUCGAAACGUACAUGGCCACACUUUUGGUUCAAAUGACAGAAGAUUCAUCUACUCAGACGAGUACAUCGAAAGUCAUCCAAGCCAUAAGCGUUGCUAUUGCUUGUCAUAGUUUAGAGAUACAGCUGUCGCAUAAGGCUUUGCGGAAGUUAUGUGAAUGUCUUUUGGUGACGAUAAACAAAACCAAUAAAAGCGUCGUAGAAUUGGAACCAGUUAAACGGCUAGUAAAUUCAGAUUCCCUUGACACAGUAGUGAAAAAGCUGAGUCCUUUAUUUGAAAUGGACUUCUACUUGCCGCGGUCUAUCGUUGCAUCAUUCAGCUGCUCUGACCUUCAUAAAUUAACCGAACAAUGGGUUCCUAUAGAAGUGGCGUGUGCUGCCUUGGUGUACUGGACUAAAAGGACCAGAGAAACAUACCCUCUUCUCAAUUAUAACGAUUAUGAAAAGGUACUUAGUAAUGCGUACAUUUAG